AUGGGCGGGAAGAAGCAGAACCCCAUAUCUAAUUUCUUCAUUGAGAUACCCCCCGCAAACACGAACCCGAGCAUUACCCCGCCUCUAGAGUCUGGACCCAAGACAUAUGAACAAUCUCAAUUACUACCAGAAGCAGUCGAGUCCCUCCCUACUCCUGCAGCUGAAGUCGCUCCUGCAGUGACGGAAGCCCUGCCAGCUCUUGUUCAGAACGAUAAAACCCUGCACCCGUUCUUCGACAAGGAAACUCGCAAUGCAAUCCAGCUCCAGAAAUCGAAAUCUACCUCUAAGUCCGACAAGGAGGCGCUGAAUCUCCACAAGAUAUUGACAAAUGAUGAUGCGGGCAAAAUUACAAAGCCUAGAAAGCGGAAAGCUGGCAAGGCGGGUGCAAAAUCAGAGCAUGGCUCAAGAUGCAGUCUGCCAGGUUUGGGAUCUCAUGAUGAGGCGGUAGAUGGACUUAUCCGGGGAGACCCUAUCUCAGAAGGCGACCUCCCAACACCUUCUUCUCCUCACAGUAGCGACUAUGAGGAUUCAGGUGUAGAUGAGCCGCCGAAAGAGAGGGCUGCAAAGAAAAGACGAAAGAACUCUGGGAAACUGAUAUCCUUAUUGACCCCGCCAAGGUCUUCUGAGAAGGAGGCACCACCCGCAGCUAAGAUUACUCUUGUUGGCCUGCCGGCGCGAUCAUCCCCACCUCCCAGCACAAUACCCACGAAUGUCGAAUCCCCUCGAGCCUUGGCCGAUGGAACAAACAGGAUCGUUCUUCAUGUAAAGAAUCAGCCUUCAACGGGCGCCCUACCGGCAGUAUCUAUAGCUGCACGUUCUGCUUUCGAUCUAAUGAAAAAGCCAUCGGCUCCUAUGACGAAGACGAGGAGCCGAAGCGCAUCACCGCCUCCAGCUAGUACUUCUGAAGGCCCGCCUGCUAAGAAAGCGAGAACAAGAGGUAGACCACGCAAGUCUGUUGUAGAUGCGGAUAUAACCCCACCGGACGCAAGUUCGCCGGCAGUUCACCACGACGAAAAACAGUCACUUCUCGUUAAGCUCGAGAUCGGUAAAAUUGCCGCGACCAAGCUUCUUCCACCUGGGUUACGACCAAAACUCGUAGUUAAGCUAAAGCUUAACAAGGAGGUCCUCGAGAAGUUCAUCGUGAAGCCUCAUCCAUUUUUCGUGAAAGCAAGCGGAAAGCAAAAGCAAGCGGACGAGUCUACUACGAGGCCGCCUACGGAACCAAAGCCACCUAUUUUCAAGGCAAAUCCUUUCACAUUCCAACCUAAACCGAAAUUCAAAAUUGAGCAUCUGCCCCCGUGGCCGUCGAAAGAUAAUAUACAUGUUCGGAACAUUGGUACCGAAGAAGUAUUACCAACCCCGGCAGCUCAUGGGCUGUUAAAUAAUACGUCUCGGAAAGGGAAAACGAAACAAUCCGAGGUUACACCAUCUGAAUUUGUCUUAGAGAAGCUGCGCGAAAGAUAUUCAGAUUUAUACACGAAAUACUCCUGGGAAGAUGACUCGAACGGGCCGCCAGCCUCUCACCCCGCAGUCCGCGUGCCCGGGCGCAAGCUCAUAGGAGCAAGCGAUGUUAUCAAAUUCAUCCAUUCACAGAUUGAGCCUUCACGCCUUUAUGCUGAAGCCACGCAUCCAGCCAUUCGGGAGCUUAUGAGGAAGAUUGGGAACCGUGAAGGGCUGCUGACAGCAUUCGACAAGUCCGAAUGCGAAACACGGACUUGGAGCUCCCUAUACGAACCAACUUCGAGUAGUUGUGUGCUACAAACUGGACAAGAGGCUCGGGAGUUAGGCCGAUGGCUAGCUUGCAUGAAAGUGACAGCUGUUGACAAUGGCACAAAUUCAAAGCCGAAAGCACCGGUUGUUAAGAAGAAGAAAAAGCCCAAACACGAACUAGAUGACUUUGUCGUUAGCGAAAAUGAAGAUGAAGACACAAUGUCAGAUUUGACAGAUCCUGAAGAUGCGGAAGCCCUCCCAACCGGCCCACACUUCUUGAAAGGUUUCAAAAAUUCGGAAAUCCGACGUAAGAGCAGGGCCACUGUUCUUUCCACUGCCAAUCCUCAGAAAAAGCGCACAAGUUCUCCACCCGCAAGGCUUCCCAAUUCGAUCAUGCUGAGCGGUCCUUCAGGUGCCGGCAAGACGGCCGCAGUAUUAGCAGCCGCUAAGGAACACGGCUUUCACAUUUUCGAGAUUCACGCUGGGACCAAAAGGGGCAGCAAAGAGAUUCAGGAGCUUGUCGGAGACAUGAGUCGUAACCAUUUAGUGCACCAACCCAAGACCCAGGAACAGGCCCCUCGUACAGAUACCGAACAAUCAACGAUUUCCAAACCGACGGGUUUCAACUCAAUUUUCUCAAAGAAAGAUACACAGCUGACUGCCCAAGGAGCCGCUCAGGGUGUUCAAGCAAAAGAGAAACCAAAUCAACAGCAACAACAAUCCCUCAUAUUAAUUGAGGAAGCAGAUACUCUCUUCGCGGAGGAUGUUGGGUUCUGGCGGUACAUUAUAACUUUGAUCCAAAAGUCGAAAAGGCCGGUCGUUAUUACUUGUAAUGACGAAUCUCUUAUAAAGUGUAUCCCCGAGCUAGAUCUGUAUGCAAUCCUAAGGUUCAAGCCCGCGAGUCCCGAAUUAGCGGCGGAUUAUCUACUUUGCAUGGCGGCCGCCCAGGGACACUUUUUGGAUAGAGCGACGAUUCUGAGUGUUUAUGAGAGCUACAACUACGACCUACGAAAGAGUAUUGCGCACUUCAGUUUUUGGUGUCAGAUGGCGAUCGGCGAUCGUACAUGGUGUAGCCGAUGGUUUUAUCUUCGGGAUGAUCCAGACAAGGGAAACCCGAGAAAUGCAGCAGGCGAAGUCAAGCGAUCUAUAAGUGAUGGAACAUAUCUUCCGGAGAUGGAGUCGUUUGGUCGGGAUCUCGUGAUCGGCGAGAAUGGGAGACCACUCGAGGCCAGCGAGAUUGACGAAGCUGCCGUGUGGAAGGAUAUCCAGGACGGUGCUGUGGUUGAUAUCGGGGACCGAUUCUACAAUGAGAAUCUAGAAAGCUGGAUGGGAGCUCCCGAGAAUACCUGGGAUCCUAGUUGCCCUGGGAAGGGUAAAACUCUGUUGUCGGAAUACUGCGAUUACAUUGAAUCUUUAAGUACGCUAGAUGCAUACCAGGGGGUUGGUGUUUUUACGUACGAUUACGAUCUCUAUCAGAUUGAUCCCGCUCCAAGCGGUCUCAAAGAUUUCAAGGAAGAUGGUAAAGAUGACGACAAGGACCUAUCGCCCGACGCUAUCUUAGAAGUCACCCUAGUAGAUGCAGAAAGGAAAACGGACCCGUUCUCUACCAGCUCCAUGAUCUCGAUUACGGGACAGAUUCUCGCCCGCAAUAUUCUACACGAUGCGAGUCGACUUCAUAUGCCAGAAGAAACUUGCAAUACGGUAUUCGCACCAUUAACAGAAACCAGGCUCGUGGAUAUGAUUUCUUCAAACCGCAAGUUCCGAGAGGAACGUCAGAAGAAAACCCCGGAGGACCUUCGCUGGCCAUUCUACAAGAUCAAACACGGGGGUCACUCGCAAAUUGGGCGACCGAUGCGGGUUCUGGUAGAUACCAUACCGUAUAUUCGGGAGAUCGCCCGGUAUGAUCUACAGAAUGGGGAAGUUGCACGGGAGAUGAGUAGUUUGAUAUCUCAACGACCAGUUGGUGGUGGCAAGAAGCGCACUACUAGAGCGUCCGCCUAUGCUUCCGAGGGGAGAAGCCGUGGGGGCGCAAGGCCUCGUGGAGAACAAUAUUUCCGUGGGAGUCUAAAGGCGAUGGUUGAUACCGGGGGGUUAGAAUGGGGCGAAGCGGUGUUCCUAUAUACACCACGCCCCGAGCCGGAUUUUGAAGAUGGCGUGGCCGAAGGAACGGCACCACCGGUUACAGAAUUGCAGGAGAUCCCACAAGAGGUAGAGCAAGAGGCGGAGAUUAGCAUUGCCGUACGACCUUCACGGAGACCUAUUAUUCAUGACGACAUUGAGGAAUGGUGUUCCGAUGCAUGA